UCCUAGUAGUUGUGUUUACUCAAUGUUGGAAUCACUUCAAUUGUUAGAGUUUGUACUGUCAGUGGAAAAAGUCUUCCUUCCUAUUCUACAGAAGAUAAGGAAUGAUUCAUCCAGUAAUGAUGAGAAAGCUUCUCUUUUCUUGGAGACUAUUAAUGAUGAUCCUAUUAUGAUAUCUGCAUUAAGACAAGACAAAGAACAACAUGAUUGUAAAGGUAUCACUGAUGGGAAAGUAGACUGGGGCAAUGACAGUGUAUCUUUUACCUCUCCAUCUUUAGUUCAGUGUAAUGAAGGGAUUAGAAAUAUCAAUAAUAAUCAUAACAGGAUUAAACUUGAGUCCUCAUCUACUAAUAGUACAGUAUCUUUACUAUCAUCAACUAAACUGUAUACAAUAAACCUGAGGAGUCUUAAUAUUUGCUCUACUCCAUUAACUAAUGAUUGUAUCCAGUACUUAUGCAUACUACUAACUAAUAAUGAAACAAUACAAGAGCUAAGCAUUAAUGAUCACUCCAUUAGUGAUAGAGGAGUUAUUUAUAUCUGUCAAGCACUUGAACACAACUCUACACUUACCUCAUUAUAUCUUUAUGAUAAUCCCCUCAUUACUUCAAAUAGUGGACAGACCCUUUCUCACCUCCUCCUCAGUAACUCAUCACUAGUUGAACUGGAUCUGAGAUAUACUUCAUUGUCUACUGAGUCAAUACUGCUUAUUCUCCAGUCAUUAACAGAUAAAAAUACGAGAAGCCUGAGACUCACACUGGACAAGCGGCAUGAAGAAACUUGCAUUAUUACUUAUCCUAACUAUCACCUCAUACAAAACAGAGUAGACUGGAAAUGGUACUAA